AUGGAAGUGCGCUUUCUACAAUUUGGCCUUGGCCUUUUACUUCUGUUGGCAGCACGUCAUGCCCCGGUUACUGCAGUUCGUAGCCCUCAAUGCCAAAGUCAGUGCGGCGGCGUUGACAUUCCCUACCCGUUUGGCAUCGGCGACAAUUGCUCGCUGUCAAGCGGCUUCAACGUCAGCUGCAAGGUACAAGGUCGCACCUCCAAGCCAUUCAUUGGUAAAGCGGAGUUGCUGAACAUUUCCUUGAUCUCUGCCACGGUUCGUGUGCUCCUCCCCAUAGCGACACACUGCUACAACACCUCCUCGGGGCGCAUGGACUUCAGCGGGAAAUGGGUCAACGCGAGCAAUGCAACCUACCGUUUCUCAGACGUCUACAACAAGUUCACCGUCAUUGGGUGUAACACCCUCGCCUACAUCUCCGACAUGAACGGCACGAGCUACCAGAGUGGGUGCGUCUCCACCUGCAGCAACCUGUCGUACGUAACAAACGGCUCUUGCUCCGGCAUAGGCUGCUGCCAGACGGAGAUACCGAAAGGCAUGGACUAUUACCGCGUUGGCUUCGACAGGGGUUUCAACACAAGCAAAAUAUGGACGUUUAACCGGUGCAGCUACGCUGCCCUGAUGGAGGCAGCAGCAUUCAACUUCAGCACCGCGUACAUCAGCACAACCAAGUUCAAUGACACUCGCAACGGGAUGGCACCCUCGGUGUUGGACUGGGCUAUAAGAAAUGGGUCGAUGUCAUGUGAGAUGGCCAAGCAAAACAAAACAGGCACCUACGCGUGCCUCAGCAGAAACAGCGCGUGUGUGGAAUCCACCAACGGGCCGGGCUAUGCGUGCAAUUGUUCCCAAGGCUACGAAGGCAAUCCGUAUCUUGCUGAUGGCUGCCAUGAUGUUAAUGAGUGCAAUAACAGCCCAUGCCCUUCAGGAGGUGUGUGCACAAACACAGUAGGACAUUACCAGUGUUCUUGUCGAGCAGGAAGGAAGCUUUCCAAGCUUAAAAAUGCAUGUGACCCUGAUACCGGCUUAAUAAUAGGAGUUACAAUCGGCUUUUUUGUUCUCAUGGUUUUCUGCUUCUCCGGAUACAUGAUCCUUCAAAAGAGAAAAUUGACCAAAGUCAAGAAAGAGCAUUUUCGCCAACAUGGAGGCAUGAUUCUGUUUGAGAGGAUGAAGUUAGAAAAAGGCCUUGCUUUCAAGGUAUUUACAGAAGCUGAACUUAUACAUGCCACAAACAACUACGAUAAUAGUACAAUAAUUGGAAAGGGAGGCCAUGGGAUGGUGUACAAAGGGAUAGUUAAGGAUAACGUGCCUGUUGCGAUCAAGCGAUGUGUGAUGAUUGAUGAAAGGCAAAAGAAAGAAUUUGGUCAAGAAAUGCUGAUACUCUCUCAGGUCAAUCACAAGAACAUUGUCAAACUCGUAGGAUGUUGCCUUGAGGUGGAAAUUCCAAUGUUGGUGUAUGAAUUUAUCUCAAAUGGCACAUUGUUUGAGCUAAUCCAUGGGAAGAACAAGGCAUUGCAAAUUUCUUUCAACACUCUACUGAGGAUUGUUCAUGAAGCAGCUGAAGGACUUAGCUUUCUACACUCAUACGCAUCUCCCCCAAUCAUCCACGGUGACGUGAAGACCGCCAACAUCCUUCUUGACGGCAAUUACGCAGCGAAAGUGUCUGACUUUGGAGCCUCCGUACUAGCUCCAUCCGAUGAAGAUCAGUACGUUACAAUGGUUCAAGGUACCUGUGGCUACCUUGACCCUGAAUACAUGCAGACAUGCCAACUGACAGAUAAAAGCGACGUUUACAGUUUUGGUGUUAUUGUUCUGGAGGUUCUCACUGGCCAGGUGCCACUUAAACUAGACGGGCCUGAGACGCAAAAAAGCUUGUCGUCAAGCUUCUUGGUAGCCAUGAAAGAGAAUAAUCUUGAUGCGGUUUUGCCGAGCCACCUUAAGGGGCAAGAAAGCGCUGAAUUGAUCAGGGGGCUUGCAGAGCUGGCCAAGCAAUGCUUGGACAUGUGUGGCACUAACAGACCGUCCAUGAAAGAGGUCGCCGACGAGCUUGGCAGACUGAGGAAGCUUUCUCUGCAUCCUUGGGCACAGCUCGAAGCAGAGAGGGAGAGUAGUCAAAGCCUUCUUGGGGGAACACCACCUGCCAACUUUGAAACAAUAGAAGAUUAUACUAGUGGGUACCCAACACAGGAAGGUGAGAUCCUUCCCAUGAACCCAGGAAGUCAGUAUUAUGCUAGGUGAGGUGAGGUGAGGUGACGAUAACUUAGUCCGUGCUCCAUCAAAAUUCGCACCAUCAUGGGGCCAUUUGUUAGCUGAGUUGUCUACCUAAAUCUGCUUCUGCUGUUAGCGGUACGUAAUGUACUUAGCAUGUCUGCAAAUACAAACCUGAAAUCUCUAUGUUGCAUGCAUGUACGCGUGCUUUUAUGUCUUUCUGUUCUUUUUUAUAUGUGUAUGUGCGUGUGUCUUUGCCUCUUUGGCCAUCGAGCCCUCGCUUGACUUAGAACAUUGUGCUACUUGGACUGUAAUAAUGUGUAUAACUCAUACAAUGACGAUACUGUGUAAUUCUCGAUCUGUCUGAAUUUGUCCCUGGCGUUCCAGUGUGUUAA